UCCAAGACCUCACGCAGCUCAAAAACUCUCUUAGGCAAGUGAACAAUAAAAGAUCACACACAUAUAUAGAGAGGGAGAGAAAGAGAGAGAAAAUAUGAACGGUGGCUGUGGUGGUGCUGAUCGUGAGUAUAAUAACAAUAACAACAAUAAUGUUGUAGGUGGAGGAGGUGGCGGGCCUUGUGGUGCAUGCAAGUUUCUUAGAAGAAAAUGUGUGAGGGGAUGCAUAUUUGCACCUUAUUUUGAUUCUGAUCAAGGCACUGCUCAUUUUGCUGCUGUACAUAAGGUGUUUGGUGCUAGCAAUGCCUCUAAAUUGCUGCUCAGAAUUCCAGCGCAUAAACGUCUGGAUGCUGUCGUUACACUUUGCUAUGAGGCUCUUGCUAGAGUUAGAGACCCUAUCUAUGGUUGUGUUGCUCACAUCUUUACUCUUCAGCAACAGGUUGUAACUUUGCAAGCUGAGUUAGCAUAUGUUCAAGCCCGCCUUUCUACCCUACCACACCUACCUAUGCGACAAAGUCCAAUUACACCAACAGGGCUGCAAUCAUCUUCAGAUAUCUUCUGCACUACUUCAAGCAUAUCAUCUUCAAGUAAUAAUAUGGAAUAUCCUCAAUUUGACAUAACUGCAGGUUUAAGUGAUUCGUUCGAUGAAAAAGAACUGGAGAACUUUGAGCUCCAUACAUUAGCACGAGAGUUGGUUUCUAGACACUUACCUGGAGUCAGAUUUAGACCUUCACCAUGAUGAUAUGCUUCCAUGAAGAUUAUUAUCAUAUAACUCCCCCUUUUUUUUAUAUGUAACUUUUUUGCUGAAUUCUACUAAUUGCGAUUGAAUGAAUCUUUUCAUUCAUGUGUAUGUUUUUGUGUGUGUGAUGUGAAUCUAUGGGUGAUUUAGCAAUCAACCCUAGAUAAUUGAGAAGGAAGGAGAAGAACAGAGAAAAGGAAAUGAAUUCUGUUAUUGGCUAAGAAGAAGAAUAAUGUUUAGAAUGCACUUUGCACUCUAACUACCUCUAUUUAUAGACUAAGCCAAAGUACCUACUUAAUUAACUA